AUGAAGCAGCAGCUGCAGUUCGUCGAACUCAAACUCGAUGAAGAAGAUGAAGACUCGAUGAAACUCGAUGAAGACGCAGCUGGGUUCAUAGUGGUACCAGAACCGGACAAAGAUCCGAAUAAGUUUGAAGUGGUACCUGAACCGGAAGAAGAUACGAAUAAGCCGACUGUGGGACUGGAACCAGAAGAAAAGCCAAACUAUGUUGUAGAAGCACCGAUAGAAGAAGAGCCAAAAUCGGUGAAAGAAAAGGAAGGACCGGAAGAGGCUGAAGAAGCAGAAGAGCCAAAUCCAAAAGGAGCAUACGUGGCGGGACUAGGGUUAGGGUUUGAGAAGGAAAAUGGGAAAGAACUGGUAGCAACAGCGGUGGCAGGCGUGGAGGAAAAAGAUGGGUCUGAAGGGAAGGAGAAGGGCGAAGAAGAGGAGGAGAAUGAAAGGCCCGUGGACAUUGUUAUCGAAGCUACGGUGGCGCGUGUGGUACCAAAACCGGACGAAUAUCCAAAUAAGUUUGAAGUGGUACCCGAACCGGAAGAAGAUCCGAAUAAGCCGGGUGUGGGACUGGAACAAGAAGAAAAGCCAAACGACGCUAUAGAAGCACCGGUAGAAGAAGAGUUGAAACCAGUGAAAGAAAAGGAAGGACCGGAAGAGGCUGAAGAAGCAAAAUAG